UUGGGAAUCAAGCAAGCACGUUAUCUGCCUGUCGUCAUCCUCCUCAAUUCCCCCUCAUCUUUGUUUUCUUAUUUUAGUUCCCUGCACCAAUAAAAAAAAUACCAAAAUACUGCAUAUAACUCUCACCUCGCUUCAUACUUUUCUUCUGCCUUAGGUUUUACUCACUCACACAACCAAAAAAAAAAGUAAAAUUAAAAUCACACAAAAAGUAAAUAAAAUGGGAAGCGCCAGUAACAGCAGUAAAAAAGACGUGAUUCGAUUGGAGCGUGAAGCUGUCAUUCCUAUUUUAAAGCCCAGACUCGUUAUGAGUCUGGCCAAUCUUAUAGAACACAGCUCUGACCGAGCAGAGUUCUUGAAGCUCUGCAAGAGGGUUGAGUACACCAUUCGAGCAUGGUAUCUUCUUCAGUUUGAAGAUCUCAUGCAACUUUAUUCACUCUUCGAUCCUGUACAUGGGGCUCGGAAAUUGGAGCAGCAAAACCUAUCAGAACAAGAAGUUGAUGUUCUCGAACAGAAUUUCUUGUCAUACAUGUUCAAGGUGAUGGAGAAGAGUAAUUUCAAGAUUGUUUCUGAUGAGGAGAUUGAUGUUGCACAUUCAGGACAAUAUUUAUUAAAUCUUCCUAUCACAGUGGAUGAAUCAAAGAUCGAUAAGAAUCUUUUGAAGCGGUACUUUGAAGAUCAUCGUCAUGACAACCUGCCCGACUUUGCUGAUAAGUAUAUAAUAUUCAGAAGAGGCAUUGGAAUUGAUCGGACUACUGAUCUAUUUAUUAUGGAGAAGUUGGACAUGAUUAUAUCACGGCUAUGGGGAUGGAUUAUGAGAAUAACAAGGUUAGGAAAGCUUUUUUCUAGAAAAACCAGUGUGCGAAUUAAGAAAGACCCAAAGAAAGUUGAUGAUAUUACAAAUGAAGAAUUUCCGGAUGAUCUGUAUGUUGAGCGGAUCCGGAUUGAGAACUUGGAGAUAAGUCUAAGGAAGUUGGCGAGUAAGAUCACAAUCCAAGAACCUACAUUUGAUAGGAUAAUUGUUGUGUACAGACAGGCAAGCACCAAGGGAAAGAAGGAGCGGGGAAUCCACGUGAAGCAUUUCAGAAACAUCCCAAUGGCUGAUAUGGAAUUAGUCCUACCAGAGAAGAAAAAUCCAAGUUUAACUCCAAUGGACUGGGUGAAAUUCCUCAUUUCUGCUGUACUUGGGCUGGUUGCUGUUGUCGGGUCUGUUGAGACACCUCAAGCUGAUUUUUGGGUCAUGUUUGCCGUGCUCUCUGCAGUUGUUGGUUAUUGUGCUAAAACAUACUUCACUUUUCAGGCAAAUAUGGCUGCUUAUCAAAACCUAAUUACACAAUCCAUGUAUGACAAACAACUGGAUAGUGGAAAGGGCACUCUUCUUCAUUUGUGUGAUGACGUGAUUCAACAAGAAGUAAAAGAGGUGAUUAUCUCUUUCUUUAUAUUGAUGGAACAAGGCAAAGCAACGUUAGAGGAUCUUGAUCUGCAAUGUGAGGAACUAAUCAAAGAGGAGUUUGGGGCAGACUGCAACUUUGAUGUGGAUGAUGCAGUCCACAAGUUAGAAAAGAUGGGCAUUGUCGCUAGGGAUUCAAUUGGAAGGUAUUACUGUGUUGGUCUCAAGCGUGCAAAUGAGAUUAUUGGUACCACUACAGAAGAGUUGGUACUCAAGGCAAGCCAGGAGCAUGGUGGUUCAUGAUGUUGCAUGUCCCGUCUUCUAACUUUCUACAUGGAGGCCUGGAUAGUGAAUUCUACUUGGGUGUGGUGUGCAAUUUGUUUCCAUUAAAAAAGCCUUGUCUUGUACCAGUUGUAUGCGAUAUGUGUUGUAUCGCUGUUAUAAUUGCACUGCAUGAUCAAAUUACAGGUUGAUUGUUCUCUCCCCUGCUGCCACCACCAUAGGCAUUGCUGCGGGUGGUGGUCGGUUCCAAACGUAUUCAUUGUACAAUAUAGAUUCAUUUGUACAAUAAGUAUUGAAACAAAAGCUAGUCAUAAGUCAUUGUUUAAAUCCAUGUGUAGUUUGUAGUAUUGUAAUGCAUAUAGCAUUAGUAUAACCAUGGUUGUGCAUAUAACAUAGUUCUAGUGGAGUUAUUUUGGUUA